AUCGGGACUCAGGCCUGUCCUGGGGCUGCAGGCUCCUCGGAUGGACCCCUGGGGUGUUUCUGUUCCAGAAGCCAUGUUUUCUCACCUCUCUACCGGACACCGGGGUAGCCUCUCCCUGUGCGAGGUUGAGGAAGGAAAGUCCAGGGCAAACAUGGACCUGGCUGGGGUCGGAGGCCGCUGUCAGGUUCCACAGAUGCUUGGAUCCCGAGUCGGUAGAGCGGAGAGGCCGCAGGGGAGGCCGGGAGCUCUGGCAGGCGGCCGGGCCGUCUCCUCCUGGCCACGGGCCAGCUCGGGCCCGGCUGCUCUGGGGGUUUGCUGAGCUGGUUGCAUGGGUGAGACCUCAGGGAGGGCGGGUGAGCCGAGGCCCGGCCGCUGGUGUUUUGCCAAGGACUGCAGGCUAGGCUGCUUCUCUCUGGGCCCGGUGUCCAUGCCAGAUGGCCGUGCCUUCGUCUCGGCAGAGUGGGGACACUCGGGGGAAAAACUGCUUUGCUUUUGGGUCUCACCCCCAUCAGAGUCUCCUGGGCUCCUCACCUCGGUGUCCCCCACCUUUCCUUUGCCCUUCCCCCAGCUCCCCGAGGACGCUGUGCUGAGGUUUCGUUUGGGGGCCCCCAGUUUCCUGCAUGGAGACCUUGGUCAGUCCGGCCCUCCAGGCCCCAGCUCUGCACUGUCCGGCCUGUUUGGCCUGCCCCUGUCGGCCCCGCUGCCCCAGCCAGAGGACCCCCCAGUCAACGGCUGCCACGGCCCGGCCCCCGCGGAGCAGGACGGAGAGGCAAUGCAGCUGGGGACAGUCCCUCCACCGCCUCCCGACGGGGACCAGCCCCCCGAGACUGCAGACCCCAAGCCACCGCUCGUGCCCCCGUUCCCGCCGUAUUUCGAAGGCGCCCCCUUCCCUCCCCCGCUCUGGCUAAGAAGCACCUACCGGCAGUGGGUGCCGCAGCCGCCCCCCCGGGCCAUCAAGAGGACGCGCCGGCGUCUGUCCCGCAACCGUGACCCGGGUCGGCUGGCCCUGAGCCCCAUCCGCCUGCGGCCGCGCCAAGUACUCUGUGAGAAGUGCAAGAGCACGCUGAGCCCCCCCGAGGCCAGCCCCGGCCCCCCGGGUGCCCCGAGGCCGCGCAGGAGGGUGGGCAGCGGCCCUGGCUUUGGCGGCGAGCCCCGCAAGCCGGAGGACCCGGCCGGUGGCGGCGGCGGCGACCCCGCGGCCGCCACGAGGAGGAGCAAGAGGGAGAAGCGAGAGGAGGACAAGGCCCAGGUGCCACGGAGCCCGGCCAUCAAGAUCUCCUACAGCACGCCCCAGGGCACGGGCGAGGUCGUGGAGAUCCCCUCCCGCGUGCACGGGUCCCUCGAGCCCUUCUGCCCCUCCCAGGCCCUGCACGGCGGCGGCGGCGGCGGCCAGGACCCCGGCGGGCCCAGCGCCUCCAUCCCCAAGCUGAAGCUGACGCGCCCCGGGCCCCCUGGCGCCGGCCUGCCGCCCCCCAAGAUCCGCCUGAAGCCCCACCGCCCGGGGGCCGGGGAGCGGGAGCCCGUCUACAGAGCCGAGCUGGUGGAGGCGCUCAACGGCCACGGGCGAGGCCCCCGGGCCAGCUCACCCCCUCUCCUGGGCCACGGCUCCGCGGGCCGUGGGCCGGCGGACUCGUCUUCCGGAAGUUCUGGCGAGGACGAUGACUUCAAGCGGUGUCCCCAGGGCAAACCCCAGCAGGACAGCCUGGCGUUCCUGGCCGCCUGCCCUAGGAGGGGGACGGACUGUGCCGGCGAAUCUGUGUGGAGCAGCGACAGCCUGGACGAGUCCAAAUCGUGCAGCUCGGAAGUGCCGUCACCGGACACGUGUGACCUGUCCGGCGACGGUGCGUCUGUGAGGUCCUCGUCCGGGGCCGCGAGGCAGACGGUCCCGCCCCUGACAGUCAGGCUGCACACACAGAGCGUCUCCAAGUGCGUGACUGAGGACGGAAGGACCGUGGCCGUGGGGGACAUCGUGUGGGGUAAGGUUCAUGGUUUUCCUUGGUGGCCAGCGCGUGUCCUUGACAUCAGUCUUAGCCAGAAGGAGGACGGGGAGCCUUCCUGGCAAGAAGCCAAAGUCUCGUGGUUUGGUUCUCCGACUACGUCAUUCUUGUCUACUUCAAAACUCUCCCCUUUCUCUGAGUUUUUCAAACUGAGAUUUAACCGUAAGAAGAAGGGGAUGUACCGGAAAGCCAUAACGGAGGCCGCCAAUGCCGCGCAGCCUGUGGCCCCGGAAAUAAGGGAGGUCUUAACCCAGUUUGAGACGUAAGCCGCCCGACCAGGUCACCGACGGUGAGGGUGCGGCUGUUCUCCUGGAGCUUCUGACUUUGGGGGUGCCCUCCGCAUCACCUGUUCCGUCUGAGGGGUCCCGUGUGCCUUCUGGCCAGCUGCCUGCAGAAAUGCGCCAGGCCCAUGGCGGCCAGCCUGCUGGGGGGUCCCCAGAGGGGAGCAGGUGUGUGUGGGGAGGAGGACAGCCCCCAGAGCACCGCGGCUCCUCCCCGCUGAACGUCUUUAUCCCCCGACUCAGACUUUAGCUCCUGUGGUUUGUGAAGUUCCAGGAGCCCACGACGCCCUUCCUGCUGCUGCCUCGCCCACUGGGGCACCUAGCAGGGGCGAGGCCUGCCACCCCGCAUCCAGGUCCUGGGCCAGGCCCCCUCAGGCCCGCAGGCUUCCAGAAACCAGCUUGCACGUGUGGGGCGCUUCCUCCCCAAGCCCUCGGCGCGGGGUCUUUGUGCACUUGAGAACCCGGAACCUGCCCGGCCUCCCCCAUGAUCCUCCCAAAGCUGGGGGCCCGCGGGCGCCCUGGCAGUGAGGGCCUGGGGAGGGGAGCCACUCUGGGAAUGCGGGAGACUUCCAAAGGAAAACAGCUUGGCCUGUUGUUUGUAGGAGCUGCUCCUGUCUCCUUUCUGUCACUUUAAAGACCAAAAAGAAAAAGAAAGAAACAGAAAA